GAGCGCUUAGAUUAGUCUGGUCUUUCAACCGAAACAAGCCGGUUAGAAGCAAUGCCACCUUGCUGCUAACCCGAGAUGGAGAUAUGAUGUUGCAAGAUUUUGAUGGUACUUUGGUUUGGUCUACCAAUACAAAAGAAGUUAUAUUCUAAUUUAGCCCAAAAACUGACAGCAAGUGCUUCAUCAACUAACUGGACUGACGGAGGUUUGUAUUCACUCUCCCUUACUAAUGAAGGUCUGUCUGCUUUUCUGGAAUCGGAUCCUCCACUAGUUUACUAUAGCACAUCUUUUCAAGAAGGAAAUAGAACAGAGCGAUUAUAUGCCACUCUUUACGAGGGACGUUUUGUUGUGCUCCGAGAAGGUUCAAACAUAACCCAAUGGGAAGCAGAUUUCUUUCUUUCCCAGGCAACUCUAUUGCAACAUGUAACGUUGGAAUGUGAUGGGCAUUUGAGAGUUUAUGAUUUUGUUGAAUCCGGUUGGCAAAUAGUUGCUGAAAUCCUUUCAUCGAAUGAUUGUGAUUAUCCUUUGGUUUGUGGAAGAUAUGGAAUUUGCUCAAAGUGGGGUGAGGAUAAUACCGCGGUUUGCAGUUGUCCUCAACCAGAUAAUUCAAAAGAAAGCUAUUUUCGACCAACUAGUGACAGACAUCCCAAUCUUGGCUGUUCCGAAGUUAAUUCAUUGUCCUGUGACAAAAUUAUAAAUAAAAAAAUGGUGGAGCUGAAGAACGUUACUCAUUUGAAAGGGGUGGCUCACUCUAAAAAUACAGAUGUGGAGAGCUGCAAACUAGAUUGUCUGAAAAAUUGCUCCUGCAAGGCUGCAAUGUAUGAUUCAUCCAAGAAUUGUUAUCUGGCAUCACAGAUUUUUUCGCUGCAACAUGUUGAGUCAGAUACGAGUUUUUUCUUCUUAAAAGUUCAGGAUGACUCGAGUUUAUUUACUCCUCCAUCAGUACGUGCCUCAACUAAUAUCAGAAGGAACACGAGGCGCCUUCUAAUUAUAUUGGCAUGCAGCUUUGGGGUAUUUUCUGUUCUUCUUCUAGUCAUUGGCAUCAUUCGCUUUGUUUUUCUAGGGAAGAAGAAAGAUGGUGAUGAGUUGGAGGAAGAUUACUUGGACCAGGUACCGGGAAUGCCCAAGAGGUGCUCUUAUGAAGACUUGAUAGCAGCAACUGGUAAUUUCAGAAAGAUACUUGGUAAAGGAGGAUUCGGCUCCGUAUUUGAAGGGACUCUUAGCAACGGCACCAUGGUUGCAGUGAAGCGUCUUGAGGGAUUUGGCCAAUUGAAAGAAUCAUUUUUAUCUGAGGUUAAGACAAUUGGUAGCAUUCACCAUGUCAACUUGGUAAGACUGCUUGGAUAUACAGCAAACAAGUCUCACAGGCUUCUAGUUUAUGAAUUUAUGUGCAAUGGAUCAUUGGACAAAUGGAUCUUCAGCCAAAACCAAGCCUCUGCUCUUGAUUGGCAGGUCAGAAGGAUGAUCAUUCUUGACAUAGCCAAAGGAUUGGCGUAUCUCCAUGAAGAGUGUAGCCAAAAGAUAUUUCACUUAGAUAUCAAACCUCAAAACAUUCUUCUAGAUGAAAAUUUUCGAGCAAAAUUAUCUGAUUUUGGUUUGUCAAAGCUAAUUGACAGGGACCAAAGUCAAGUUGUAACAAGAAUGAAAGGAACACCGGGUUAUUUAGCUCCUGAAUGGCUCAACUCUAUAAUAACUGAAAAGGUAGAUGUAUAUAGCUUUGGGGUUGUAGUCUUGGAAACCUUAUGUGGAAGAAGGAAUUUGGAUCAAUCACAACCAGAGGAGGAUAUGUAUUUAUUAAGUGUAUUUAAAAAAAAGGCUGAAGAGGGUCAGCUUUUGGAUAUGAUUGACAAAAGUAGCGAGGAUAUGAUUUUGAAUGGAUCAGAAGUGAUGGAAAUGAUGAAGGUUGCAGCAUGGUGUUUGCAAGGUGAUUUUUCCAGGAGGCCUUCCAUGUCAGUGGUGGUGAAGGUGUUGGAAGGAUUGGUAGAAGUUGAAGAAAACUUAGAAUAUGACUUUUCAGUUCCUGCUGUGCCUAGAGCAAAUGUGAUUCCACGGCCAAAGAAUGGUGCCACUGAUGUUGCCACCCCAAUGCUGCCAUCUGCAUUAUCAGGGCCAAGGUGAAUAAAUGAAACUGCCUCUUAUGAUUUUCACCAUGUGUUAUAAUGCAAUUUUAAUUUAUUGUAGUUGCAAUCUUUUCCCUUUAUUUUUCUUCAUUUUUUGGUACUAGUUAUUCUAGUGUUUGUCUGUUAUGUCUUACAGUGUUUAAUUAGUAGUAGGUAUGGGACAAAGCUUGUGUUUGAAUGUUAUGGGAGGAUGAAGCAUACGUAUUAUUUUAUCGGCUUAA